GCCUUUUUCUGCAUUCCUGCCUCACAGUUGAGCUUCCAGCCAGCCCUGACUUCUCCCAGAUAUAUCUUUAGUGCAGGCGGAAAGGCAAAGCUCCACUUCCUGAACUUGUCAGUCCUUCCCUCUCGGAUCGAAUCUCUUGUCCAGCCUAUGGCCUGCUCUUCUUCAGCCCUUUUGCCAGGUGAUGCCACUGCUUUUGCUGCCGCACUCAGGACUCUCAUCAACAACCCACAGUUCAGUGAUGUGACAUUUCUGGUUGGCAGAGAGCAGCAGGAGGUCUUUGCCCAUCGCUGCCUCCUGUCCUCCCGCUGCCAGGCCUUCCACUCGAUGCUGAGCCAGUCCCAGGAGGUCCGUGCCCCAUUGAUCCUGAGACAGGUGCAGCCAAAGGUGUUCCUUGCGGUCAUUGAGUAUCUGUACACUAAUGCUGUUUCCCUUAACAACCUCAUUGCCCUGGAGGUCCUGACAUCAUCCAUGGAGUAUGGGCUGGACGACCUGAGAAGGAUUUGUGUUGAAUUCAUCAAAGACACGCUGAAUGUGGAACAGGUCUGUGAAGCCUUUCAGGCAGCAGUUGCAUAUGAGCUAAUAGACUUGCAGAAAUAUUGCCUGACUUUCAUCGAAAAUUGUACUGAGGAAGUGGUUCAAACACGUGGCUUCCUUGAGCUGUCAGAACCAGCAAUGCAAAUUAUCCUACGGAGCAACUGCUUGGCUAUUGAUGAGGUGAAACUGAUCCAUGCUGUUCGUGAAUGGGCUCAUGUUGGAUCUGCAGUGCUGGGCAAAUCUGUGCGUGAAAUGGCAGAGACAGUGGUGCCAGGCCUGCGUCUAGCUCUGCUGUCCCCAAGUGAGCUGACCACAUUGGAGGAGGAGAACAGAAGGGACCAGCUCAUACCGGUAGAAAGUUUAGCUGAGGCCUGGAAGACCCUUGCCCUGUGUAAAAGGCGUGGCACACGAUCGUCCUUAUGCCGGCGUCGCCGUGGCACACUCUCUCAGGAACACCAUCACCGCCUUGAUCCUCAGAACAAGUGACAGACUUGACAUAUGAACCAAAAGAAGUACUUCUGUGCCCAAAGCAGCCAACUUGGAUAUUUGAAGUGGGAACUGUUGUCUGAAUGCUUUAUGUAUGUGUAAAUGGGAGCACCCUGGCUGCAGCUGAGCAAGUAUCCAAGUGGGAAAAAAGAGCAAAGAAAGAUUUCGCAAUAUGUAAAAGGACAACGUCUUGUGUCUUUCAGCACUAGGCCUCUUCUUUCUAAGCUGGGAUUGUAUCUCAUGCUCUGGACUUUGAUCCCAUCUCUGUUGUUGUUUCUUCCAACUCAUUCCUACGGUGCCAGGUGGGUUUUCAAUAGUCAAACCCACUUUGGGAUACAUUUUUUCUCAGUGAGACUUACUUAUGUUUUGUACACAGGAGAAGAAAUUUUGUGCUGGUUGCAUUAAUAACCUAGAGUUCAAAAGUUGUUCUGUCGCCGCUGGACCUGAAAUGAAGUGCCUUUAAGAGAGGAUGUAUGGCUUGGAUCCAGUGGGAAGCCAGGGUACCCGAAAAGAAGCUUUUAGAGAAAUUUCCCUUAUUAAACAGUCUUUAUGAGGCUUGAGCUUAAAUAUAACAGUCUUUUACUGAUGAACAAACAGGAAUUGUAAAGCUUUCUUAACAGUCUCUUGGCUCUUGCAAUCUUGUUCACAGGGAACAGGCACUAUCUUCAAAAAAUUUGUUUAAAGGAAAAUUCCCCUUUCUAGCUCCUCCCAGGCUGCUGUGAACUUAAACCUGACCGAUUUGAAUCCACUACUGCUUGAACUGUGUCUCAGAACUGAGCAGAUGAACCAACAGGCCUGUAAUCACUUAGCUGCUUUGAUGGUUAGAGUUGUUAUUCCCUCCGGAAUUCCUCAGGGCUGUAAGGCUGUUUCCCCAGAACCUUUGGGAAUCUUUAGAGGCUCUCAAGACUAUUCUCCCCCAGAAAGUCUUAAGGGACGAAGCCUUUGCACAGGAGGACGUCUGUAUACAUCCUCUGCAUUGACUUUCUUUGCUGAGACUAACUGAAAAAUGGCCCCUUCCCUCCAAAAAACCCAGAGAGGGGCGGGACCAGGGAUCCUAACUAUAAUAGACAGGUGGCUUGCCCUAUGAUUGCAAACUAUAACAGGAAGCCACCCUACUGCAAAAUCCCAAGCCUGGGAUUGCAAGCCAACAUUUAAUUCAAAGCAAAUAAAAUUGGAGCUCCUGGAACAGCUGUUCCAGAACAAAAGUCACCCACCUUGCAGUAAUUCCUCACCAAAAACAUUUCAUAGAAUCAUAGAGACCAACUCCUUGGGAAGUCUGACUUGGCCAUUCUAAUCUACACUCUUAUUACAUCCUUUUUAGACUACUGUAACACACUCUAUGUGGGGUUGCCUCUGAAGACUGCUCAGAAGCUUCAACUGGUCCAAUAAAUGGCAGCCAGAUUGCUCACUGGAGCAGGCUACAGGGAGCAUACAACCACCCUGCUAUGCCAGCUCCACUGGCUGCCAAUUUGCUUCCAAGCACAAUUCAAAGUGCUAACUUUAGCCUAUAAAGCACUAAACGGUUCUGGCCCAGUUUACCUGUCCUAACAUAUCUCCCUCUACGAACCAUCUAGGACCUUAAGAUCAUCCAGGGAGGCCCUGCUCUCGAUCCCACCUCCUUCCCAAGCAUGAUUGGUGGGGACGAGAGACAGGGCCUUCUCAGUGGUGGCUCCUCAGCUGUGGAACUCCCUCCCAAAUGAUAUCAGAGCUUCCCCCUCCCUCUUGGUAUUCCGAAGAAAACUUAAGACCUGGUUUUAGGGUCAAGCCUUUGAACAAUAAAUAUAGCAUUGGAAUGUGAUUGACUUAUGCAACCAGCAA